AAUAAUAAAACACGUGUUAAUGUGGUACGUCGUGUAACGUUGCUUUAUAUUUAUUGUUAUUAUUAUUAUUAUUACUUUAAUCAACAUUAACAAUUCAUUAAUAAGAUUAACCGAUAAAACCAGUUCGACUUGACGCCUUAUGCUAAGCUAACGUUAGCGCUCGAGGAGCCUGUGGUCUGUUAUGAUGAUAAUAAACAAACUAAAGCUUUACUGACGCACUGUGAACGUCUGACGCACUGAAAUAAAAGAGAUAGCGUUCCCUCCGUGAUGCUGUCACUUAAAGAUAAAGACCGUCCGGUCAUCAGGAAGCUGCUGGUGGCUGGCUGCUGUGGAAGAUGCGUCCUCAGGUUCUGUUGUGUGGGAAAAUAUUCUUCAUAUCAGCAGUCAUGUGAGGACAUACGUAAAGAGCUGUUAGCAUUCCUCACUGAGGAUGAUGGCCAGCAAACUCAUGAUGCAUCAGGAGAGACAGAGGUGGGGGACCAGCCGUGUAAGAAACCGAAACUGGAGUCACCCGAGUCUUCGUCGGGUGAGAACGUGAGCGCAGAAGGCUUGUCGGAGCCUCCAGGGGUGUGUGUGGCGUGUGUCGGGCUGCUGCAGAACUUCUGCGAUCAAAGUUACGCCAAGCAGGUGUCCGAGGCCGUGAGUAAAGGCGACUACCAGUUUGACAGUCUGAUGCUGGCCGUGUCUCUUCCUGCUCAGCUGUCCGUUAGAGAGCACUCCUGCUGGUUGCACAUCAAGAAGGAAGUCAGGGAGAAGAGCAUGUAUAUAGAAAAGGAGGACGUGGUUCAGGUGAAGGACGCCUUCAAAUGGGCAGUACAGGGACUCGUGGGCAAAGAACUGGGAGCACCGGUGUUCACUAACAGUGCGUUUGAGGUCAGUGUGGGUUUCACACAUCCAGAAACAGAUGCAGACUGCCACUUCCUGGCUACGGAGUGUCCGGAUUGCUUUAAGCCGACUAAAAACAAGGCUUCUGUGUUCACUAGGAUGGCGGUGGUGAAGGCACUGGAGAAGAUCUUGGAUUCAAAGUUCCUCAGACAUUACCCGUGUCCACCUGUCUCACCCUCCAGUCUGUGCACUCCACUUGAGACAACGUGUCUGCAUGCGUCUGUCUUUAUAGCAGGGAGGUAUAAUAAGUUCUCCCGGGAGCUUCCUCAGACCCCCUGGGUGAUAGACGGAGAGAGACGGAUGGAGGGAUCGGUGGAGGAGUUGAUCGCCAAUCCUCUUCUCUCUGUUUUCAAAGCUGAUGGUUUUAACUUCUGCUCAUCCGGGAGAGAAGACGUGGACGUACGGACUUUAGGAAACGGACGUCCGUUUGCCAUCGAGCUUCUGAAUCCACACAGAGCGAAGUUUAACAAAGCCGAUAUAAGACAACUUCAGGAGACGAUCAACGCGGCCUCCGAAAAAAUCCGAGUCCGAGACCUGCAGAUCGUAACCAGAGAAGCUACGAGUCGGAUGAAAGAGGGAGAAGAGGAAAAGACUAAGUCCUACAGCGCCCUCAUCUGGACACAAAAGCCUAUAACACCAGCCGAUCUGGACUUUUUGGAAAGCGUCAAGGAACUGAAGAUCGAUCAGAAAACCCCACUCAGAGUCCUCCAUCGCAGGCCGCUCGCCGUCAGACAGAGGCUCAUUCACUCCAUGUGUGCGAGCUACCGAGAUACACACCACUUCACACUGCAGCUGCGCACCCAGGCCGGGACAUACAUUAAAGAGUUUGUUCACGGAGACUUUGGCCGGACGAAGCCCAACCUCGGUGCCCUCAUGGAGACAGAGGUGGACAUCCUGGAGCUGGACGUGGAGUCUGUGGACGUGGACUGGCCUCCUGCUAUACCCGAGUGAGCGACGGAACACAUCCUGAGGAUUUCUUAGGGGAAUUCCC